AUGAAUAAACACCCAUAACCAAAAAAUCCUAUCAAUUGGUUAGAUGAAAUCAAACAAGCUUAAGAUCCUAAGGUAUUCAUCUACAUUAUUCUUAUUGAACUAAGAAUACUCGAAUCACAAAACAAAUCAUUAAAAACAACUUUAGGAGUUUACGAUUUCGAAGCAGCAAAAAGACCAUAAUCAGCUAUUGAAAAAAUGGCUAACUCAAAAACCCACUAAAUUGAAUUAGGAUAAAAACCAUCAGAUUUUGCAAAAUAUCCUACAAACUAAAAACUAAGCAAUUUGUUUGUUGAUGAGAGUGCCUUUGGUAGUUCGGCUGUUAGAAUUGAAUAUAUCAGAGAAUUGGAAUAUUUGGUGGAUGCAUUAAAAAAAUAGAAUGCUCAGCUCCAAAUUCAAAUCUCACUCAAAAAGCCUAAUCUAUAACGCAGUUUCAUUGUUAUACCCAAAAAGUAUGAAGGUCAUGAUUGUUUGAAUGAUAAAACAAUUAUAUCAAAAUCAACUCUAGUGAAAGGAAGUAAAUUUACAAAAUCCAAUGAAACGAUGACAAAAAGUAAACUUAAACCUGAUAAUUCUCUUAAGGAUAGAUAAAUCCAAAAUUUAAUUGAAGAAAAGAAACUCUUAUAAAAAGAGGUGGCUCUGUACAAAGAAACUUUCAAAACCAGAUAAAAUAAACUAGAGGGAUUCGAUACUGACAAAAUAAUCAAGAAGUUCAAUUAAAAUUCAACUCUAUAUGGAGACAAAUAGAAAUAGCUUACACAGAGCAAGCAUUCUGAAGAAAUAAAGGAGCAGUAUUUAUAGGGUUUAAUGCAAGAGGCAUUUUUACUACAAUAAUAAUUAUAGAGAAUAUAGGAGGAAAGUUAAUACUUCGAUCCCCAUAAAAAAUCUGAAUAUUGA